CGGCAGUAGAAGAGCAGAGGCCGAGUUUCUCGGUGUUGUGUAGUUUAAUGAAUGGAGAAUGUAGUUAACGUUACGGCACGAUGGCAAAACCUGCACCUGCAAAUGCUCCAAAAUUUGACUGUCCCUCUUGGGCAGGGAAGCCUCCACCAGGACUACAUUUGGAUGUGGUGAAAGGAGACAAGCUGGUUGAGAAACUGAUUAUUGAUGAAAAGAAGUAUUACCUGUUUGGGAGGAACCCAGACCUCUGUGAUUUCACCAUUGAUCAUCAGUCAUGUUCUCGAGUCCACGCUGCCCUUGUCUACCAUAAACACUUAAAGAGGCUUUUCCUCAUCGACCUCAACAGUACACAUGGCACCUUCCUUGGACACAUUCGCCUGGAGCCCCACAAGCCUCAGCAGGUUCCUAUUGACUCCACUAUGUCUUUUGGUGCCUCCACACGUGUCUACACCAUACGUGAGAAACCUCAGAGCCAGGCUAAUGUGGGAACAGGGGACAAAGGUGGAGACGAUGAGGAACUGAAGGGACUGCUGGGUCUUCCUGAAGAGGAGACUGAGCUGGAGAACCUGACCGAGUUCAACACUGCACACAACAAACGCAUCUCUGUUCUGACCAUAGAGGAGGGCAAUCUGGAUAUUCAGAGACCCAAAAGGAGAAGGAAAAGUUCUAGAGUGAGCUUUAGUGAAGAAGAGGAGAUUAUCAACCCAGAGGAUGUUGACCCCUCUGUUGGACGCUUCAGGAACAUGGUACAGACUGCUGUGGUUCCUAUGAAGAAAAAGAAAGUAGAGAGUAGUAACGUUUUGGGAAUAGAGGACUCUGCCAUGCGACAUUCGCACAGUUUCGCCUUGAGAGGAGGGCUGUAUGGGGAUCUUCCACCCACUAGCCAUGAGGCUCAUCCCACAGGUGCACCUGGUGGAACCACACUCCUUGGAGGACUCCCACUACCAAACCCUGCCCCAGAAGUGAACUUGGCCCCAGAGCCUCCUCUGCCCCCUGUUACCCUGAAUCCCACACCUGUAACAGGCCCCUAUGUUCCAGAGGGCCUGAGCGAGCCCCGCAAGAAGAAGUAUGCCAAAGAGGCAUGGCCUGGCAAAAAGCCCACACCAUCUUUACUUCUCUAGCUGUGGAACUAAUGAACAUUAUGGAUGUGUUGUGAUUUUUACAUAUUUUUCUUCUGCAUCAGUGAGUUACAAGACAUUCCAGGAAUCUAGGAACUGAGAGAGCUAAAAUUGGGUUUAAGUUUGGUGCCACCACGCAAAAGAACCUGUUCAGAAUAACGACAAUUGCUAGUGAUUUUAUGCAAGCGCAUCACAAAUGUGUAUUUCAGGAAAAAAGGCAGUUAUGUUGGCGAGUAUAAGAAAGCAGAAAUUAUUGUUUGUUGCUUGUAAUGCUUGACCUCAGUCACUAGAUGGCAGUAGAUCCAUAUGAUUGAGUCCAUUAUACUUCUUAGAUUCUUCACAGUACAUUUCCCUCCCCCAAAAGUGUUUUAAAAAAAAAAAAAAAACACUUUUAUAAGAACUUUGUCAGAAAUGUUCCUUUUUGUAUCCAGAUGUUUUCUUUUGAUCUGUCUUUUGCUUUUGUAUUAUGAAAUACACUGACAAUAAACCUCAAAAGUAAGUUUUA